AUGCAGACAGCGAAGAAAAUGCCAAUAAAGUGGAUGGCACCAGAGAGCAUUACCACUUUUAUGUUUUCGCAAAAAAGUGAUGUAUACAGCUACGGAGUUAGUUAUAGUAAUUUGAACAUGCAUCCUAAAACAAAAAUCGCGAUUAAGAUCUUAGUCUACGAGAUAUUUGCUGGGCUUGAACCAUACGAAGGUAUCUCAAACUCUGUCACAAAAAAGAUGAUACUGGAGGGAAAACUCAACGAUUUUCCUGAAGGCGCUCCUGCGAAAUUAGUCGAGUAUGUCAAGACCAAGAUGUGGCACCGUAAUCCAGAUGAAAGACAUGACAUGGGGCAGCUAAAGGGCUGA